CGCCCCUUUGAUAAUCUCUGGCCAUGUUGAUGUGUGACAUGUGGCAGACUAGUUGGCCGGUGCACUUAAUGCUGCCUUAAUUUCCCUUUCUGCCAUUCUCCUUGUUCCUUAGUGGGUCUUUCAGUUUUCCCCCUUCUUCCUUUUUCGCAAAAUCGCUAAACCCUUCUCUCUCUCCUCUACGUCCCCAAUUUUCAUCAUCUUCUUCCAUGAAACUUUUGGGUUUCUCAACAAAGUAACCAGAUUCUUUUCGAGAAGGUUAAUCUAGUGUGCAAAUCUGAAAAAUCCUUCUUCUAACCGAGGUAAUGAUGAAUCUCUAUUUUUUUUCUCUUCUUCUUUUUUUAUUUUUUAUUUUUUAUUUUUUUAUGGUUGCAUGCUGUAGAUUUCUCAUGCCUUCAUUGAUUUGAGUCUUUCGAAGGAAGCCUUAGAGAUGGCUGAUCCUUAUCCGAUUGACGGAGUGCAGUCGUACCACAACUCGUGGUAUACUUUCCAGGACAGCUUCUUGGAAUUCAACUCUUGCAUGGUUUCCUCCCCUUCGCCACGUGAUGUUAUAUGGUCAAGGCUUGAAAGACGAGACUUGUUGCCAAUACCAAGUCACUUUGCCUUCCUAUUGGGUAAGAUUGAAGAUUGGUCGGGUUGGGCUAAGGAGAUGCUUGCGAAGAAUGGUUUUGUGGAAAUAUUGCAUGCUGUUGAGAUCCUUAAGUUGGUGACUCUGAGUCAAACUCUACAGAUUAGUGGUAAUGUGGAGUGCCUUCGUCGUUUGGUGAGAAGAUGGUGCACGAGUACUCAUACUUUCAUCCUCGCUUUUGGGGAAGUCACUGUGACUUUAAAGGACGUGGCAAACCUGAUGCUGCUACCUAUUGUUGUGGAGAAGGAUCCAUGGCACAUAACAUUGACACUGAAGAAGCGUGCCACACUGGUAGCUUUAAAGAAGGUGAUGAAGAAGAAUGCUAGCGCUUCUUCUCGUUCAUGGAGGGGAGAGGACAACAUUGAUUUUCCAACAUGGAUGCGCUACUUUCGAACUAGCCAAGCUGAAGGUGUGAGGCUUCCUUUAGCUCUGUUGAUGUUAGGUACGCUUGAUCAUAUGCUUGAUUUGCUUCACCUUGAUGAGAUUCUUGGUGCUAGUUAUUACAUCAUUGAGUUGCAUGUCUACACUCCUAGCGAUGCCAAGGAGUCAGAUUAUAGACUUUGCCAUAGGACACUCAAGUCAUCUAGAAAUGCUGGUAGUAGUUAUUCCAUCCAUGCUGCCGUGUAUUACAUGGCAGGGGGUGUCUUAACGAAGGAAGAUAAUGGACAGUGGGUGCCCGUCUGUCUGCCCAUUCCUGGCAUAACAAAGGAAGAGCAUGAUCAGGCUGGCGCUGCUGGUGAAGAACUUGGGCAGGAGGUAAGGGAUGAUGCUAAGGUUGACAAAGCUGCUCCUUCAAGGAGAUCAGUUCUGGGCAAGAGGAAAAGUGUCACUCAUCCACCUAAAAGCAGAGCACGUAGAACUUCCGCUUCGCCAACCAACAAGCAAAGCAAGGCCAAAGCAUCCACAAGUCCUUAAAUGUUUUUAAUAGUUGAAGACUAAACUUCUAAUAUUUUU